AUGGCCGACGAGCCUUCCACUCGGCCUCGAAACCCCUUGUGGAAACGAGCUAUUGCCUUCGAAAGCCGUUGCGUCAACAAGCUAAUGGGACCAAAACAACAAUCCACAAAAGCCUACCUUCUCAGAAUUUCGAUUGAAUUACUGGAAGAGAUCAUUAGCUAUCUCGAUCUUCUGAGCCAGUUCAUGCUUUCGCGGACCUGUCGCGCCGGUCGGAUCCUCACACAAAAAGACUGGAAGGAUGCCUCGCUAGCCCUACCCGCAUCUGAACAAAUAUCAUUCUGGGCCGCGGUGGCCUACAAGCUGCCGAAUCACUGGGUCUGCGCGCGCUGUUGCGCACUCCACGCAACAGACCGUUCGGACACGCCUCGUAGCCAACAAUCGCCGCCAUGCCAGCAGGGAGAAACCCUCGAUACCCUCGGCCGAUCCUACAAGCUCCGGCACACCCACAUCGAACUCGCGCUCAAGUUCAGGCGCAUGGGCACCAACACUGCCUACUUCUCGGAGCUCCUGGAACCUUGCGAAUACAGGACGUACCGAGGAGCUGAAUCUUGGAAGUCGGGCUCGCCAAAUGUGACUAUCCACAUACCGAGAAUCGUCGAGGGCAGAUUUUGUCUCCAAGUCAUCAAGGAAUUUCAUGGGUACGAAGCUCUCCACGAGAUUCGAUCCUUUAGAAUUUGUCGACACCAGCUGUUCCCGUGGUGGUACUGGGGCAUCAAGGACUGGGGCGUGUUUGAGAAGAAUAUGGAGGCGGCGUGGCAUCAUCCGGGAAACGUGUACGAUGGCCACUGCCAAUGUUGCCCGGUCGACUACUCGAUUCUGCGCGACGACGACGUGCUACGCGUGACGUUGUGGUAUGACUUUGGCACGGGCAAAUCCCCGAGAGACUUGGAGUGGAUGGUACAUCUCGGCGACGAGACGGAUAUCUACAGCAACGGUCUUUACGUCAACGUCAAAGACCAUGAGCCUGGAAGCAUCCGGAAGUCGUUUCAACAGAGCUCGUUCAAUCACAUGUUGCGAGAUUUGCUACGCGGUAUGACACUCAAUUCACGAAAGUUAUGCAGGACGGCACGAGAGGUUAUGAUGGAACAAAAGCUGGUAUAA